AUGAUCCGGAGACGAAAGAAGACUCCAGAGAGGACCGUUCCCCACACCAGGCUCCAGAGCGACGCAGAGCUCACGAGGCUGUACCGCUUUGAGAGUAAACUGGGAGAGGGGACGUACGGCGUGGUCUACAGAGCCACACAGUUGCAGACACAGACUCUCUGGGCCCUGAAGGAGAUCCACAAACCAGAGCCUGGACACUCGCGCUGGAAUCUUCUGGACAAUGAGAUCCAGAUCCUGCAGAAAGUGGACCAUCCGAACAUCGUGCUCCUGUCAGAGGUCCUGCACACGGCUCAGAAGAUGUACCUGGUUCUGGAGCUAUGUUCUGGAGGAGACCUGAAGCAGCUGCUGCAGAUGAGAAUAUUUCUGACCGAACACGAGACCAGAGCCAUCGUGCAGGCACUGGCCGACGUCCUGCUCUACCUGCACCGCAGAGAUAUCGCUCACAGAGAUCUGAAACUGGAGAACAUCCUGCUGAAGAACCCUGUGGAGGACGACCGCUCUCCCAUUGUCAUCAAGGUGGCAGACUUUGGUCUGGCUCUGCAGUGUGAAGGGGGACUGGCCUCGAUCGGGACCUUCAUCACCCAGGCCUGUGGCACACACACCUACAUGGCUCCAGAGGUGAUGAGUGGUCGUGGGUACAGCCAGAGUUGCGACAUGUGGAGCCUCGGAGUCAUCAUGUACCUGCUGUUGUGUGGCCAAGCUCCUUUUGAGGCCAGUUCCAAAAGCAGACGUCUGGAGAAGAUGAAGCGAGGAGUGGAGUUCCCCCAAACUCUAUGGGCGUCUGUGAGUCACACAGCUCAGACGGUCCUACCCAGUCUCCUGAGCCCAGACCCGGUCCAGAGGAUCACAGCCUUCCAGAUGCUGCAGAGCCCCUGGAUUACGGGAGACUUCAGUCGCCCACUGCCUCCAGAUUUUCAGGAGCGAGUGAGUGAGAAGCACGAGGGCAGUGUGUCUCCAGACUCCAGCCCCAGAGAGCACAAACCCCACAGUCCCGUCUGCAGCCAGAAUGAAGCGGAGAAUGGAGUUUGUCAAAAGCUGAUGAAGAAAUACCAGAGUGAAGCUUUGUCCCCCAAGACUCAAUCACCACCAGAUGUUGCCAAACCCUCCUCGAAGAGAAAAAUGUCCACGGUCCGAAAGAAGAGGAACAGCGGCCCCAAAAACACCGUGUCUGUGGAGACGAGCCGCAGCUGA